AGUUGAUUUACUUAUAGUCGUUUAAUUAUAGUCGUUUAUGCAGUAAGUAAUAAUAGUUGUUUAAUGCAUAUUAUAUGUUAACUGUGUUUUCAUUUAAAUAUUAUGUUUGCUGUAGAUGGAUAACAGUGUUAAUAUUUUUGUGAAGUACGGUGGUUUGGUUGCUUUGAAGAGAUCUUCUGGACUCACUUUCCAAGCAUUGGUUGAUUUUGUGUGUUCGAAAUGGCAAUGUCUGAAUGCAUCUAGUAUAAGCAUGACUUAUAUGGUGGCUGAUUGUGGAGAAUGCAUUAUUGCGGAUGAUGAAGACUUGGUAUCCAUGUUUGCAUUGUUGCGCGAGUUGUCUUUGGCGCGUAUAAAUAUCGAGGUGAAGGGUGUAGCUGGCAUUGUGACUCGACCGAUUCAACAUGUGGACGCACCAAUUCGGCAUGCCGACACACAGAUGCCCCUGCCAAUGAUCGGAUAUGACAAAGAUGGUGAGGAUACGGAAGAUCGUGAUUUAGAAAGCGUGGCUGCGGUGGUCGAGGGCAAGAAGUUGUUGAGUGCUGAUUGGAUUUAUUUGAUAAAAGACGUAGGUCAGGUUUUUGAAGGUGGUGUUGCCGAUUUCAGAACGAGUCAUAUAGGGUGACGGCGGUGUGUAAGUACAAACAUGAAAAACAAUGCAGCUGGAGGAUACACGCUUCUGUUGACAAAUAUAGCAAGUUUUGUUAUAUUCGGACGUACGAUAAACAUCAUACGUGCGGUAUGUUUUUUGGGACUGCGAAUAAGAAGAGAUUAAGUGCAGCUAUUAUUAUUGACUUGAUUGCGGGUGAGAUUCGAUCAAGGCCAGCUACCCGACCUCGUGAAAUAAUUACGCAGGUGAGAGACAAGUUUGGAGUUGACAUUAGCUAUUACUUAGCGUGGAGAUCGACUGACGCAGGUAGGGCAUUAAUAUUUGGCGAUCAUAGCAGCUCGUACUCAUUUAUUCCGUCAUAUUUUGAAGAAGCGGAGCGGACAAAUCCAGGUAGUUUAUUUCACUUGGAAAUUGAUGAUGUGAAGAAGAAUUUUCGCCGUUGUUUCUUUGCAUUUGCAGCUUGUAUUGAGGGUUUCAGGUUCUGUCGUCCUGUUGUCAUGCUUGAUGGCACCUUUUUGAAGGGCAAACACAAGGGCAUGUUACUUAGCGCUGUCGGAAAAGACGGCGACCAACGUAAGUUGUACAGUGUAUGUUUUUUUUUGAUUAUUAGAGUAUAGUUGGUUUGACGAUAGUUAAUUUCAUAAAUAGUUGUCUACAUAAUAGUUGUCUACAUAAU